UCCUUAGAUCUCUUCUAUCUAUCCAGCAGCACAUGUUUUCAAAACGCAAAGCGAACUAUCUACCGAAACUCUUACAUAAGGCAGUUUUGAGUGAUCGGUUAUAAGGAGUUUUACAAACACGGAGAAUCAAGCUGUAAAAAGAGUGGAAAGAUCUCAAGAGAAAUUUUUGGACAAUGGGUUCUUGGUUUCUUCAGCUGUUUUUUAUCACCUGAAUAUUACCUCAAUGGACCGAAGGGAGUCAUUUCCGUGGAGGUAUUUUUAUGUGGAAACCCACACAAAACGAAAACGAGGUGCUUGUUACAUUCCGAAUGGCAUGGAGACGUUCUUAUAGUGGUGUAACAAUGUGUAAUAAAACAACUAUUGAAGAUGGUGAUGUCAUUGCUGCCCUCGGUGAUGUCAUGUGCUUUGACUGCUCGAGUUUUUCUUCAAAGAUUUCAGAUGUCGGGAUCGUUUGCACUGAUUUCAGUGUCCAGGAAGACUGGACGCAAGGAGAACGCAGCUUUGUGCAUACUCUCCAGGAUAAGUCUGCUCAAAUUGGAUUCACAGGAGGAGGUUGGAUAUCGCUUGUAUCUGGGGGAGGCAGUUGGGAAAUGCGAACAACUAUUGACUUAAACCGGCGACGUGACACCGGAAAAAUUAAUUCAUCCCCAGUCUCUGCAAUGCCUCCGAUUAUACGUCUACAGCAUGGAUGUGAGCACAACAUAACUAUACCAGUUUAUGACAAAGAUAAUGACACAGUUCGAUGUAGAUGGGCAGAGUCCUCAAAGAGUGAAUGUGGGGGAGUGUGUAGGUCUUUUCCAAAUUCAUUUCUCGACGAGAAACGAUGCGAGAUUUCAUACACUGCCAAAAACGAAACUGGCUGGUACGCUGUUGCCAUUCAAAUUGAAGACUUCAGCCCCUUAAACACCACACAUGCGCUUAGUAGUGUUUCCCUUCAAUUUCUGGUGAACGUUUUCUCUUCUGAUAAACCUUGUCAAGACAAACCAAAGUUUGUUAUGCCAACACGUCUAGAUGGUGCAUGUGUCGGUAUUCCAAUCAAUUCUACUUGGACAGAACAAAUCAUAGCUCGGAGCGGGGCAGACGGAGUAAAGUGAGAUUACAUCAAAUACCUUUUACUCAC